AUGCAGCAAAACCAAACUGAAGUUGAAACUUUCCAAAUGUUCCUACCGGCUGGCGUGACAGCGACCAUUUCGGGCUCAACAAUUAGUUCAUCAUACGUCACCACCACCUACGCGGUGACGAAAUUGCAGCCAUCCAACACGAGGGAGGUAUCUCCCUCAGAAAAACAUCCCUUCGCCGACCAUCCGGGUAUAGGCGCUCUCUUAAAAGACAUAAUCAGUAAGCCUUAUCAUUAUUACGAAACAGACGAUAUUUCAUCACUCCUAUCCGACAAUAAUAAACAAAAAACCUCUGAAAACACAUCUAACUCUAACGCCAAUGCCAGCGCUUACGACUCAUCGUCAAUACCGCGAGACGAACUAUCAGAAGAAGAAGAAGACUUUAGUGAUGAUUCAAUAACGGAUAGCCCCGAAGUUGACUCGCUUCAUCCUUCUAUACAUACAUCAGAAGAAUAUGUUAGCGAUGAAUCAACAGAAGAAUACUUUAGUGAUAAUCUGGAAGUUGACUCGCCACAUCCUUCUCUACAUACAUCAGAAGAAGAACACUCCAGUGACGAAUCAACACGAGAUAAUCUGGAAGUUGACUCGUCUUAUCCAGAAGAACAAUUUAGUAAUGAUAAUCUGGAAGUUGAUUCACCUUAUCCUUCUCUACAUGCACCAGAAGAAGAAGACGACUUUAGAGAUCAGCAACCACAAGAUAAUCUUGAGGUUGACUCGCCAACAUUAACAGACGAUUCUGUUUCAACUCAGUCGCUUCUGCUAUCUACAAAUCGUAUAUCACUCGCACCAGAAAUGCACAAUGCUGUCAUUGAUAGCAAUCUAUCAAUGACGUCGAGUCCUGCCAAUCAUUGGUAUAGCCCAAUGAAUACAACGACAUCGAUGAAUGAAUCUACCUCAUUCAAUCCGCCACCAGCUGAUAUCAUUGACGGCAGUCCAUCAAUGACAUCGAAUCCUGCCAAUCAUUGGGACAGCCCAAUGAAUACAACGACAUCGAUGAAUGCUCCUACUUCACAAUUCAGUCCACCGCCAGCUACUAUCAUUGACGGCA